AUGGCUUUCAUCGCAAGACUUACCGCGCGAUUCAACUCGUACUAUGAUGAGCGACCACUCAUGACCAUGAUGGUCACAAACGCCAUCCUCGGAGGCGUCGCAGACACGGUCGCCCAGUCCAUUACUGCAAUCCGCGAACGAGCCGUCCGCCAACCCGGCGGUCUCAAGAAGGACGAUGGCGUCGCUAUUGAGAUCCACGAACUCGACCGCAAGAACCCCUUCUACGAUCGCGACCUGAUCCCCAACUCCACCGGUCUUCCUCCCCCGUUCGACUUUGAGCGUCUGACUCGCUUCAUGGCCUACGGUUUCUGCAUGGCGCCCGUGCAGUUCAAGUGGUUCCGUUUCCUGUCGCAGGUAUUCCCUGUUACCAAGACGAGCGCCUUCGCUCCCGCCAUGAAGCGCGUUGCUUUCGAUCAGAUUAUCUUUGCGCCUUUCGGUCUGGCUGUUUUCUACACUACCAUGACUAUCGCUGAGGGUGGUGGUCGACGUGCUGUGUCCAACAAGCUUAGGGAUAUGUACAUUCCUACUCUCAAGGCCAACUACCUUGUGUGGCCUGCUGUGCAGAUUGUCAACUUCCGUUUGAUGCCUGUUCAGUUCCAGCUGCCUUUCGUGUCCACAAUCGGUAUUGCCUGGACAGCAUACCUUUCCUUGACCAACUCCGCCUCGGAGUAA